AAAUAUUCUCAAAUUUGUCAAACCAUUGAUCUCCUCUUUCCUCAGGUAGGUCUCCUCUAUACGUCAAUCACUCACGAGAAUUGAGCUGCCCACUUCAUUGUUUAGUCGUGCGUAAAACUUAACGUACAUCAUUCUCUCAAAAGUUUAACUAAGAUUCCUUAAACCAUAUCAUAUACAAGCUUUGUAUCGUCAUUUCUAUUGUCGACAUUUCGUAACUUAGCUUGUGGACUAAUCUUUCAAAUAAAAAUGGUAUUUACAGGAUUUGGUGGCUGGGUCAAUCAGAACAAUGAACAGCCUCGUAAGGCCAAGCCCAAAAUAACUGAAAAUGUUGAAUCUAAGUCAGAGUCAGAAAUGGAUACUAAUGAUGACUAUGAUAAGAUGAAGAAAUAUUAUGACGAAGAAGAGAUGAAGAAACAAGAUCAACUUUGGAUAGAUGCAGAGAAGAAGCAUCCAUGGAAUGAUGCCCCUCCAAAGGUGAAGGUGACAACAAAAAAUGGUCUUUGCCAUAUGAACAUAGAAUUGACACUGGGAUUUCCUCCAGAUAAAGUCUUCGGAUUUUUUACUGAUCCAUCUAACGGACCAUUUUUUCUCUCCCCACCUCUGGAAAACAAAUCGAGAAAGGUUCUGAUGGAGGAUGGACCAAGGCAGAUCGCGAAGGUGAAGAAAACCGUGGACUGGAAAUUCCUUGGGUCGUCUUUUGCUGUCCCCAUAAGUGUAAUUGUCGAUGAAAACAGAAAAGAUCUUACUGCAAAAUAUAAGAAAAAGAAAAUGAUCUUAAUGAAAGUGUUCGAGGGUAGCUAUAAAGUGGAGCCAGUGUAUGUAGAUUCAGAACGCUUGUGCAAGAACAUGGAGCCGAAGAGUCCGGAAGACUACAAAAGAUGUAGCGGCGGACAAGGAAGGAUUGCAUCAAAGGUGACAAUGAACCAAUACUUUAAGCCAUAUCCUCCUUUUAAUCUGCCGCCACUAUCUUGGUACAUUCGUGAGGUCACCAUCAAGAACACCAAAACUGCGCUCAAAACACUUCAAACUUGGGGUAUAACCCUUCGAAACCGAGGUGAAGUGACUUCAACAGACAAAGAUGGAAACGUAACAAAAUCACGAAGAAAAAAAUUAACCAAUAAAAACUGAAAACACUAGGCUAAAUGAAUAUAUACAAAUAUAUGUUGUAAGUUGUAUAUAUAUAUAAAAGUUCUAGUCUACUUUAGGACGUCAUUUACCUUAAUCCCAACUCGAUGCUCUUACUUGCUUUUUAUGAGACUUUAUCUUCUAUCACGUCAUAUCAUGCCAUGCAUGGUGACAUGCAUUGUUUGCGGAUCCACCUAAACAUUUUACACAACUUUUGACACUA